AUGGCUGACACAGAAGCUCCAGGAUAUGGAGAGCCAGGCCGCAAGCACGGUGGCUGGAUUACUUUUCCGUUCAUGAUGGCUACGCUGUUAGGUUUGUCAAUAACUUCUUUCGGAUGGUUAAUGAACUUGAUCGUCUUCUUGAUCGAGGAAUUCAACAUCAAGAGCAUCGCUGCUGCUCAGAUAUCAAACAUUGUCAAUGGUUGCCUCAGCAUGUUCCCAUUUGUAGCAGCAAUUCUAGCUGAUUCUCUCUUUGGAAACAUUCCCAUCAUCUCAGCUUCUGCUUUCAUUUCUCUACUCGGCAUCGUUCUCUUGACUCUAAUCGCACUUUUGGACAACUUAAGACCUCAACCUUGUGAAACAGGAUCGAACCUUUGCCAUUCUCCAUCUAAACUCCAUCUCGGUGUCUUGUAUUCAGCCUUAGCUCUAGUGACAAUUGGAACAGCUGGGACACGAGUGACUUUGUCAUCAGCGGGUGCAAACCAAUACGAGAAACGUAAAGAUCAAGGAAGCUUCUUCAACUGGUACUUCCUCACGAUAAAUAUAGGGGCUAUCAUUAGCGCGACAGCAAUUGUAUAUACAGAGGACAACGCUAGCUGGAAACUAGGUUUCGGUCUCUGCGCAGCUGCUAAUUUGAUCAGUUUCAUCAUUUUCAUCUCCGGGAAGAUAUUAUACAAGCAUGACAAACCCAUGGGAAGUCCCUUCACAACCCUGAUCCGCGUUUUAGUCGCUGCUACAUUGAAAAGAAAGGCUGCGGUUUCAUCUAAAGAAGAAGACUAUCAUCACGGAAAAGAGGCCAAGACUUCAACUGCAAUACCCUCAAAAAGCUUCAGGUUCUUGAACCGCGCAGCAUUGAAGACGGAAGAAGACAUGAAACAGAGUGGUAACUCAAACUAUAACAGCUGGAGGCUAAGCUCUAUUCAGGAAGUAGAAGAUUUCAAAAUCGUUCUCCGGCUACUUCCUCUGUGUCUAGCCAUCGUGUGUGUUAGUACUCCCAUUGCGAUACAAUCAAGCAUGAUGGUACUCCAAGCUCUAGUUACUGACCGUGGGCUCGGCCCUCACUUUAAAGUCCCUGCCGGGUCAAUCCUGGUCAUGUCAAUCAUCUCUUCAUGCAUCUUCAUCAUAAUGAACAACUGGCUUGUCUUUCCCUUGUACCAGAAGCUAGCUCAUAAACCACUGACACCACUUCAAAAAGUCGGUAUAGGCCAAGUUUUCACCAUCUUAAGCAUGGUGAUCUCCGCAGUUGUGGAAGCAAAGAGGCUUCAAACAGUUGGAAAUGAGCAUCCAAUGUCUGUGUUAUGGCUGUUUCCUCCUCUCAUCUUAGUUGGAAUUGCCGAGGCUUUUCAUUUACCGGCAAAUGUUGAGUUAUUUUAUGGAGAAUUCCCCGAGUCUCUGAGGAACACUGCGGCUUCAUUGACCUCUCUGGUGAUGGGAAUAUCUUACUAUCUGGGCACAGCUCUGAUCAAUCUGAUUCAGAGGACCACCGCGUGGUUGCCAAAUGACAUAAACCAUGGAAGAGUGGACAUUGUUUACUGGGUUUUAGUCAUUGGAGGAGUCUUGAAUUUUGGCUACUUUCUGGUGUGUUCUUGGGUUUACACAUACAAAAACCUUAAGGAUGAUAAUGAUCAGAAAAAAGAUACUACAGAUGUUACAACCUAA